AUCCUUUGCCUAAGAUCAAUAGUCGGUCAUAUCUAUUUCGCGUGAAAACAGAACAGUCAAUCAAUACAACGGCGGAACUUCUUCCCAGAGGAAACUAUAGAACUCUUUUACACAGAUUUACCAGGAUUAUCAAUCGUCUGACAGAAAAAGAAAUGCAUUUACUGUAAAUCGUUCGGAGUAACAAUAAAAGUUAUCAAAAUCGUAUAAUACACUCUGGAAAUUUUUACUUAUUCAAAUGGAUUUUGACGACAUUGGAAAGUAGAUUUCGGAAAUUAUAGAUAGUAAGUAAUUAACAUGGGAAAUACGUAGAUCAAUGGGUUAAGAAAACGAUCAAAUAAUUGAAUUAUAGGAAAAUGAGAAAUAUUGAUUCACUUCUCUUCCUUCAAUAAAUGUGAAAUAGUUAAAUGUGCUUUGUUUACACUUGUUCAUAAUUAGCAACACGUUUUAAAUGUCAACCAAUAUCUACACUGAACAGCACUUGGAAUUUGUUUCAUCAACUGAUCAAUGUAAAGGGUGAAUUAGAUCGGAGAUUGAAAUAAACGUUGUUAUCUAUAUCCAAGGUGAAAAAUUGGAGAUUUAAAAUAUCCACAACAAAUGUUCUAAUUUUGAAUAAAGUGGCUCAUAAUAAAAUCAUGAGUAUUCCGAGGAAAACUUCAAUUGACAGACGUGGAGUAAAAUCUUUAUUCAUAAAAACUGUGCCGAAAAUAAUUCUUGAUGGUUCUGAAACUGAUGGAAUUGGCUCUCAAAUGCCACAUUCACGAUCAGCAGGAGAGCUAGCUAUGUGCCUUGAUUUUCCACCAGAAAGUGGUUUAUCCCGACAAUACCAAUCAAGCAGUGGUCUCAGUAUGGAAUCAAGAAAUCAAAUUGAUAUAUAUUGCUCACCACGAAUGCACCGGAAAACUUUCAAUAUAAACAACGGGUACCAAGACGAGGACUUUUCGUGGUUAGAAACUACCGAUCCGUCAAAUUCACAAAAUGCUCUUGGUGUAGGAAGUAGGUUAGGGAGCGCCCUUUCUUUAACAAGUGAAUAUACUUCUAGAAGUAUUGGACUGAUUUCAAAUGAUUCAUCGUCUGACAGUACACAGUUCACCGACAAAAUUGAACAAAUAAAACAAAAACAAAGUCUUUUACGUCGAUAUUUAUCAAAUCCCGAAAAACCUGCAGAAGACAAGGAAAACACAGUUCAAAGAAGCACACAAUCAGUUAACAAUCUUCACAACAAAACAGAACAUUUUGAGGAAUCUAUAAGUGACGAUAGCAUGGCAGACCCUGUUCCUACUUCCGGUUCGGACAGUAUACCGAAUGAAGCGAGUGAAUUAAGGCGCCAGAGAUAUGAAAAUGAUUCAGACAAUAAUUCUCAUCUGGUAACUAUGAUUACCGAUGAUAUACAUGUAAAAGAAGGUAGGAUAAGACAAUGGCUAACUUCAAUAGGAAACCAAGAGUAGAACACAAAUGGUUGACAAGGCAAUCAUGUGAUCCUUCCGGUGGCUUCAGUUUUCCAUGGUAUAGCAAUCAAUAUAAUUGAUUUGUUUGAGAUGCUAUAAUAAUUAAACGUUGAUUUUUA